UAUAUCAAGCAGAACAAAUGCGGCUCCUAACAAGUAGUACCAAAACACAAUACUCAAAUGGCAGCAACUUCCCCAACACCAUCAACCCUCUCCUCCUUCUUAGAAAUGGCGAAUUCCAUCUCCGAACUCCACCAAGCUCACGCUGUCAUGCUCAAAACUGGCCUCUUUCGUGAUCCUUUUGCUGCUAGUCGCCUCUUGACUAAAGCCACUGUUCUUCCCAUAUCUUCCCCUGAAACCCUUUCAUAUGCACUCUCUGUUUUCACUCACAUUGAAGAACCCAACUCAUAUAUCUACAACACUAUCAUCCGUGCUUAUUCCACUAGCCCCUUUCCACAACUUGCACUCAUUAUCUUCCUCAAAAUGUUUAACUCUGUAAAUAAAGUGUUCCCAGAUAAGUACACUUUUACAUUCAUUGUAAAAGCUUGCGCUACUAUGGAAAAUGCUAAACAAGGUGAACAAGUUCAUGGAUUGGUGACAAAAAUUGGACUUGAGGAAGAUGUGUAUAUAUACAACACUUUGGUUCAUAUGUAUGCGAAAUGUGGGUGUUUUGGAAUUUCGCGUGGUAUGAUUGAUGGGUUGAUUGAAGAUGAUGUUAUAGCGUGGAAUGCAUUGUUGAGUGUGUAUGCGGAAAGGGGGUUGUUUGAAUUGGCGCGUGAGUUGUUUGAUGAAAUGCCUGUGAAGAAUGUGGAAUCCUGGAAUUUUUUGGUUUCUGGGUAUGUGAAUGUUGGGUUGGUGGAUGAAGCAAGGAAGGUGUUUGAUGAAAUGUUGGUGAAAGAUGUUGUGUCUUGGAAUGUUAUGAUUACUGGCUAUACUAAGGCUGAUAAGUUUAAUGAAGUUUUAACUCUUUUUGAGGAUAUGCUGAGAGCUAAAGUGAAGCCUGAUGAUUGUACACUUGUGAAUGUGCUGUCUGCUUGUGCCGGUGUUGGAUCUCUGAGCCAGGGAAAGUGGGUUCAUGCAUUUAUCGAGAGAAAUGGGAUUGCGGUUCACAAUUUUCUUGCUACUGCUCUUGUGGAUAUGUAUUGCAAAUGCGGAUGUAUUGAGAAAGGUUUAGAGGUGUUUAAUGGUACUUUGAGAAAAGAUAUUAGCACUUGGAAUGCAAUGAUUGCAGGGUUCAGCAACCAUGGGUAUUUGGAUGAUGCAUUAAAGACCUUCAAUGAGCUCAUUGCUGAUGGUAUCAAGCCAAAUGAAGUUACUUUUGUAAGUGUUUUGUCUACUUGCAGUCAAGGGGGCUUAUUAAGCGAGGGACGCAGGAUGUUUGAACUCAUGAUUAAUGAGUACAGAAUUCAGCCUACGCUUGUACAUUAUGGUUGUAUGGUUGAUUUACUUGGCCGGUUUGGAUUAUUAGAGGAGGCUGAAGAACUCGUAAGCAAAUUGCCUGUGAAAGAGGCUCCUGCAAUUUGGGAGUCCCUCUUGAGUGCUUCCAGAAGCCAUAAUGAUGUCGAAUUGGCAGAGCGCAUCGCUACCAAACUUUUAGAGGUUGAUCCUCGCGACAGUGCUGGUUAUGUUCAACUAUCAAAUGUCCUUGCAUCUAUGGGGAGAUGGGACGAUGUGAGGGAAGUGCGGAGAAAGAUGAGGAGCGAGGGGAUAACUAAAGAGCCCGGUUGUAGUAUGAUUGAAGUUGAUGGAGUUGUUCAUGAGUUCUUGGCUGGUGAAGGGAUAAUAUUGUAACAAGGACAAAAUACUUCUUCCUGCAACUGACAGAUGAUCCAAUCUGG